AUGGCGUCGAAUGUUCCGAAGUUUGCGAGCUUCCGGCCAAAGCCCAAGGCAGCUCCAGAGCCGUCCAAGGAAGGUCAACAACGUGAGAAAGUUGGAAGAUCAUCGAAAGAGAAGGCUUCAAGUAGGAGGACAUCUCCUUCGCCAGAUAAAAGUACCCGUGAGCAAGAGUCAAACAAAAACAGGCCCUACUUCAGCGACCGAAGAGGCGAUCCCGACGUUUUGCGAUAUGGAACGAUGAACCGUUAUGACAUCCCACCUUACCGUCGAUUUGGUCAUGGCUUCAUCCUGGGACUCCCCAAAAAUCAGAAAAUUGACAGAGCAGAAUCUACGGACAGAAAGAUUGUUGUUACGCCAGCGACUCGUAGACGGCAGGAGCGACUGCUAACAGACAAGCGUGCAAACAAAUCGAGUGGGCGCGCUCUGCGGCUGGUAAAGACUGGACAAGAUGAUAGGAAUCUCGACCAAGAUUUUGUUCUGUUUUCAACAAAUAUCAAACGGAAACGCGACGACAGCGAAAAUGAAGACGAGGAAGUAGAAGCAGAGGCAGACUACCGAGGCAUUGAUGGGCCCAAAUCAAACGAGCCGGUGGACCCAGAUACACAAUAUGAGUCCGACCCUGAAGUUGUGGUUGACACCGAAGUGAUUCGCGAAAACUCCCAGCUUGCGCGACAUACAAAAGAAACCCCUGAAGACGUCCAGGGCUGGUUGGCACUGGUCAAACACCAAGAAGCCAUGCUAAAGCUCGAGCGGCCGUCUACUCAGUUGACUGUAUCCGACAAAGCACAUCUGGCCGAUAUUCGCAUCUCCACCUAUGAAGAGGCUUUGAAGAGGAUCGGCCCAGAUGAAAAAAGCCAGUUGAAGCUCUACCAGGGGCUGUUGAAAGAAGCAGAGAGGGCCUGGGAUGGCGCCAAGUUGGCCAGAAAAUGGAAGGACGUACUUGCGAAACACCCGCAAAGUAUGGAUUUGUGGAUGCUGUAUCUCGACUUUGUGCAGUCACGAUUCACAAGUUUCAAAUACGAAGAAUGUCGGGCUAUCUUCUUCAAAGGUGUAGAGUCUCUGCGUGCGACCAAGACCGGUAUAUCGCCGGAACAGAGCUUGCAUCUAUUGCUGCGUUUGACGUCCAUGGCCCACGAUGCAGGAUACCAGGAGGUCGGCCUCGCAGUUUGGCAAGCCUUGUUCGAACAUCACUUACUGCGAGCAGAAACAGGCUCCGAUCUAAAGGCAUUCGAGGAAUUUUGGGAAAGUGAAGUACCCCGAAUUGGUGAGCCUGAAGCAAAGGGCUGGAAACAUAGCAGUACGGACGACGCACCACCCCGAGGACCUCCAUCGUUGCGAGAUAGAGAAGCAGCAGACGCUGUCUUUGAAGAUUUCCGAAAGCGCGAAGUGGAGGCUACGUCGGUGUUACGAUAUCCUGGUCGUACAUCAGACGAUGUAGCGGAAGAUGACGCAUUCCAUACGAUCUUCUUCUCUGAUGUUGAGCCGUAUCUAACUUUUGUUACACCCGAAACACCAGCAACACUGAUCAUCGAGGCUUUCUUGUGCUUCUGUGGUUUACCACCGCUACCACACCGUAUCCCACAACAACGAACCUGGUGGUCUGAUCCAUUCUUGCAGCGCCAUUGGCACUCUACUUCGUCGGAUAUUGACGACUCCAUGGAGUUCAUAAAAUCCAUCAAGCGCUUCUCGAACUAUUCUGCUAAGAGCUUUCAGAUGACUACUGAACUCUUGUUCGAGCAAAGCUUCUCACUUGAUGGAAUCCGACUCGAUGCAGACUUCAUCAGGCGUCUACUUAAGCUCCUAGCUUCGGAUCCUGUGAGCGAGGAUAUCAUAGGAGAGUACCUACUAGCUUUCGAAUCGAAACAUUUCCCGUCAGAAGCAUUCAAGACAGCGAAGCGAUUGCUCAAAGCACGGCCGUCAAGUUUGCGUUUGUACAACGCUUACGGACUGGUUGAGUCGCGUCUGGGCAACUCGGCCAAAGCAGAUCAAGUGUUUAGUAUGGCACUAUCCAUGCAACAGGGAGACAACGUGCUCUCAACGCCGUGGAGUUUGGAGCUCUUCAACAACUGGGUAUGGGAAGCGCUCCGACGAGGAGAACACGAAGAGGCACUGUGGCGGCUCGUCUCACCAAAGGGCAACCUUCCAUCCGAAGAGUUCAGAAACUCAUGUCCUUGGGCCGAACCCGCACACCGAACACUCAGUCAAAUCACAGAACACGCACUACUAAACCACGACUACCCAACAGCAAUAAUAUGCACCUCCCUCAAUUCCCUCCUCAACUACCUCACCAACGGUCUCAGUCCCGCCCUCUACCCUUACGCCCACCUGUCAGACUAUUUCGGAUCCCACCGCCACCUCCACACCUCCCCUUUUGAAGAACUGCGCGCCCAAUCCCUCUCCGCCUUUCUCACACACCACGCCAUCCACGCGCCCAUCGUCAAACCAGCUUUGAUACGUACCAGCCUCGAACCACUUAUCGACGUCUUCCCCGCAAACACCAUCUUACUCUCUUUGUACGCUGCAAACGAAGUUCGUUUUGCCAUUGACGAUCGCGUCAGAAGGGUUCUGGACCAAAGCUUCCUGCAGCCCGACGAACGGAGUAUAGCUGGCUGGGCCUUUGCUAUACAUUACGAGACGCUAAAAGGCGAGAUGGCAGGCUCGACGAGCCACUCUCAACAGCAACGACACGCAAACAAGAAACCACGUCGGGACGGUAAAAAGAGCAAAUGGGAGAUGAGGAUUGAGGAAGCGGAACAACGGGUCAAGGAGACUUUUUAUGCUGGGUUGAGGAAUUUGCCAUGGUGUAAGGAGUUUGUCAUGUUUGCGUUUACAGAUGCUGGGGAUGUGUUUGGGGAGGAGGAGAAGGGGAGCUUGUAUAGGGUUAUGCAGGAGAAGGAACUUAGGCUUUAUGUUGAGCUGGAUGUAUGA